GUCCUUCAUCAUGCACACCGCUUCUUCGUUCCGCAGUCGUAUCGUGACCAGGAUCAUCACGGGCAUUUCGUGGACGAAGCCCGCUCCCUGAACUUGGAGAUUCUCGUGCAGGAGUGCGUCCCUAUCGCCGACCUCGAGGCUUCCAACUACAACCACAUACGAUGGGUUGCCUUGGAGUACAAGCAGAGCAUCACCCUCAACCUGACGCAUGUGGUUGUCACCAAGAGCAGCCCGUACCACAAGAGGACCAACUUCAUGAAUGACAUCUGCGCUUGGACAGGAUGGGAGCUGACGGUGAAGUCAGCUGAGCUGGUCCUGGCAGUUGUGCUUCUGCGGCGUCAGUGUGUACCUCCUUUAGCAGAUUGCGCGCAAGACUUCAGCAUCCGGGUGUCAAGCCCACGCUGGGCAGUUGAUGAGGGCAAGGUGGAUGAAAAGCGUCUGCUGCAUGAAGCCCGUUUCAUUGCAGACUCCACCAUGCCGGACACGUCCAAUUGCACGGUCCCACAGCAGAUGUAUCGGGACUUCAUUCAGGCCGGGGGAUCGCAGACAGCAUGUCGCCAAACAAGUGCAGCUGCUCUGGUCUUGAUGGCUGCCUAG